AUGGAACGAACUCGUCUUAUUUCUAGACAUUUAUACCAUUUCCAGCCAGCUGCAGCCUCUCGAGGUCUUCUCAGAUCUCCCCAACAAGCACUUCCCCGCUUCCCCGCACCGUCACAGCGCGCCAUGUCGACUACCAUCCAAGAGAAAUUAGAUAUCCUGCAGAACUACUCUGCGUGUGAUGUCUCCGACGUUCUCCUCAAGAUUCAGAAGCCAGCGGAUGGAUCUCCCCCACGAGCUGGAUAUCUCGCUGAUCUGACCCCAUUCUCCCCAAUACUCGGGCGCAACACGACAACCCCCAAGAUCAUCGCCCCCGCUUCGACAAUCCAAUUCAUUCCCAAGUCCUCCUCGCCCGCUUCCCUCUUUUCUGACUCCGCCUCCACCCCAAAUCCAGACCAGACUUUCCCUCAAGGAACCCACUGGGUUGACAACACCGAGCCCAACACGAUCGUGCUAAUUUCCCAACCCCCCGGGCAACACUGCGCCGUUGUUGGCGGUAUCAUGGCCGUGCGGAUGAAAAGUCUCGGCAUUAAGGGCGUUGUGGUUGACGGCCGAAUUCGGGAUCUCAACGAGAUCCAGGGCGCGAGCUUACCCGUCUGGGCCAAGGGGACAUCGACAGUUGGAACAGGGGCGGAGGCAAAGCCGGGGUUGAGGAAUGUGAGGAUUGAUGUCGGGGGUGUGACUGUGGAUCCGGGGGAUAUUGUCUUUUGUGAUCCUUUGGAAGGUGUUGUUGUCAUUCCAAAGGAUCUGUUGGAUCAGGUUUUGGAGGUUAUGCCGAGGAUUGUGGAGGCAGAUGAUAAAGUCAAAGAGGCGGUUGAGGGCGGGAUGAGUGUUUUUGAGGCUUUCAAGAAGUUUAGAGGUUAA